CAAUUGGUUUGGUCGUUGGCGUUGGCGCGUUGGCACGCGAAACAAGCCUCAAGACGCACGUGCCGUAUUCAACUCUUCUCGCUCCUUCUCCAUUUCUCUCUUUCAACAUUCAACACAGCAUUCUCCAUUUUCACAAAUUUCUCUUUUUUAAUUCUUCUAAUAAUUUCUAAUCAUUUCUUGUUGUCGUGUGAUUCUGUUUCUGCUCAAUAAUUUUACAUUUCCAUCAGGGUUUGAGUUUAUGAUUCGCACCUGCCUUGGUAAUGAGUAUUUCAUUAAGGGCACUUAUGCACUAUCGCUAUCUUUUUAGUAAUUUUACCUCUUGAGGGGGCGAGUGUGUUAAUGGCAGAUUCUUUGCGUGUUCCUGAUGAUAGCAAGGAGCUCAAGGGUGUUAUAGUUAGUGGAAAAAAUCAGCCAAAUAAAUGUUUAGUUGCUUCUAUGCCGAAACGAUUUCCCAUCAAAGCUUUGAAACGCAUUGUUGAUGUGGAACAAAGCAUAUGGGGUAGAGGUACUAUCUCUGAAGUUGGUCUUUUUAUGCUGAAAGUAGCUGUUUUAGAAGCCGUAAGGAGGUUCUCAAAGGCUUACUGUCCAUUCUUCUGGAGCAGUCUCCAGGCUUUGCAGUUUAUUUGUUUACCCCCAUUUAAGUGGAUUCAGAAAUGGGGCUUUUUUAGAGGCUUGAUUAAUUUCAUGCAGGCGUUGUCUAGACCACUUUUACUUAUAUCGGUUGGGACGUCUCUUUCAAAUCGAUCUGAUGAUGUUGAAGAAAAUUCAGAAACUUCUUCUGCUUCUCAGCUAAGGACUGAUCCACAACCCGACACCUCAGCUAACAUAACAUCAGUAUCAAGUGAAGGGACUGAAAUUCGAACCCCAGAAACGUGGAUGUUGCAACUGUUUGGUGAGCUAGAGAAGGAGGGAAUUGUUCUACCAGAGAGGAUUACUGAUGAUGAUCUUCGUAGAUUUUAUCAUGUUACAAAUGGUGAAUUUUCAAGUUUCUUAUCUUCAGUCAAGAGAACAAUUAAAUGGAGACAAAGUUUUAGGUUUAUGUCAGUGCAAGAGCUUGAGGACUGGUCAGAAAUGGUGUUUUGGCAUGGAUUUGAUGCAAAGCGGCGCCCAUGCUUAAUCAUUCGGGUCCAAUCUGCUUGCUUCAAUACAGUUUCUGAGGAGAAAUCUCGGUUACCUGAAGUAGUUGUUUCUCAGAUAGAGUAUGGGAUUCUCCAUCUAGUCAAGGCAGAAGAUCCAUUAGUCACAGUGCUAAUGGACUGUGAAGGAUUGAGCCCAUUUGGUUUUCCUUUGCACUCAAUGAGAUCCUGUGCGAUCCUUUUGCAAGACCAUUACCCAAAUCGCCUUGCUGCUUUAUAUGUUGUACGAUUGCCUUCCAUUGCUCGUGUGAUUGCGCGAACUCUAUUUCAGGUGUUGAGACCCGGAACCAGGCGAAAACUUCAGAUUUUGGGGGAGGAUUACAAAGAGGUUUUGACAGAGCUUCUUGAAACUCUUCCACCUUUCCUUGGUGGCGACUGCUCAUGUCCAAAAUGUUUAAAAAUCAUCGGUAAAGCAAACAAUAUGGUUGGUCCUAGUAUAGAAUAUGAGGUCGAGAAUGUUCGGUCUUCACAUUCUGGUUACCCGAAUGAUGAAUUUGAAUUCAUCAAGUGUGAUAGGGUAUUGAAAAGCAUUGUCAUCGGCCUUCUCGUGCUGCUAUUGUGCAUUGUUUACAAUUUUCGGUUUAGGAGCCCAGAAGUUAUUCAGUUGUACAGAAGAGAUGGUUGGUAGUACACCUGUUUUUGAAGUUUUGUUGAUGAACACAAGUAAAAUAAUAAAAUCUUGUUAUAUGUACAAAUUGCUGCCUAAAUAAAAUAGAUGCAAGUUUCAGGCCAUACGUUAUUUUUGGCUUCUAUUGAAAUGGGCACUUGUUUUUUGAUCUUGUGAAUAUGCUUAGCCGUUUCUAUACUAAAGGGGUAGGUAGGAUAUGCCUCUGGUACCCUUGAAUAUUCUCCAAUAUGAAUUUGAUCUUUAAUCAGAAAAAUAAAUACUCUCUAAUAAUUGAAUCAAAGAGAAAGUGAGUUUUUUUAGUGAAUAAUGGUAAUAAAUAAAAAGAGAGAAUAAAUUGGGUGGAUAAAUAAAUGAAGAGUUAAAAUGUAUAAGAUUAAAAAAAAAAAAAAAAAGUGGUAGGCUGUUGUUCAAAAAUAAAUGAUGCAAAUUAAAUACGACGAACUGAAA